AUGUCUAAGAUCCUCGUCAUCUUCGGAGCCUCGGGCAACCAAGGUCGUUCUGUCAUCGACACCGUGUUGGCUAACAAAGAGCUCUCGAAGAAAUUCCAGAUUCGUGCUGUCACCCGCGAUGUAAACAAGGCCUCCGUGGUUGAGCUUGCUAAGAGUGGUGUCGAAGUCGUCUCUGCCGAUAUGGACUCCACCUCAUCCAUGUCAAAUGUCGUUGAUGGAGCUCAUACAGUAUUCCUCAUGACCAACUUUUGGGAAUCAAUGUCAGCCACCAAAGAGGUCGCACAAGGCAAAGCUGUCGCAGACGCUUGCAAGGCUGCUGGUGUCAAGCAUCUUAUCUUCUCCUCGCUCAUCAAUACCACGGAGGCGAGCCAAGGCCGUCUCUCUCACAUAUCUCACUUCGACGGCAAGGCGCAGAUCGAAGCGUACAUUCGCGAUAUCCAGGUACCUGCCACGUUCGUGCUGCCCGGCAUGUUCAUGUCGGGCUUCUUGACUAUGCUUCGCAAGAACGAAGAGGGAGGCUACACUUUGGCGCUGCCAGUCUCUGAGGACAAAGCUCAGAUCCCUCUUCUGGACGCUGCUAGUGACACAGGCAAAUUCGUGAUUGCCGUACUCCAAGCCUACCCAUCAUGUCUCGGCAAGCAUGUACACGCUGCCGUCGACUACUACACGCCCAAACGCAUCCUAGCAGAGUUUGCAGAAGUGAUGAAGAAGCCUGCAGCUUUUGCGCAGGUCCCGGGCGAAGUCUUCAAGACGUUCCUGCCACCGCCAGUGGCACAGGAGUUGCUCGAGAACAUGCUACUUCUGGAAGACCCAGGCUACUAUGCAGGCGCAGCACUGACUCAGGGACCAUGGUCUUCUUGUGACAAUUUGACGACCUGGAAAGACUUCGUGGUGGCGAAUAGGGAGAAGUGGUUGUAA